AUGGAGUUUGCGGAUGAUACGACUGAGGUGGGCUCCAUCACUAACAAUGACGAAGACAACUACAGACAUGAGGUGAUGUUACAGGCCAUUAUGCGCGACUGGUUGUUCCUACAUUUUCCCCGGUCCCUGAACGCCGCAGUCACCAAAAGCAUUCUGGGUAAAGUAUGGGUUGAGUUGCAUAAGGUGUCCAAAGGCACCGGCGGUAAUGGAGGCUGUGUCAGGCCGGUCCUGGAGUCCAACAGAGGGAUAAACAGAGUCAUGCAGCGGAUCGGCAGCCUGUCCGUGUGCAGGGAGCUGGGCGGCCUCGGAGCCUGGACCCCCGGUGUCCGGAGGAACCCCCAGACCCGCCUGACCCGUCCGACCCGCUCCAGCAGCAGCAGCAGCGGGACCAGGACCAGGCAGCGGGUCCAGGGCGGGGGGGUGUGUGCGGGUCCAGUCCGGCCUCUGUGCAGCCUGAGGCUGGUGUUCGCCGGUCAGACACACAGACAUUUGUGUUCGAAGGUCGGGGAUGAGAAGAGCCGCCCCUCCCGCCCGGACAUCUCUGUGGUGGGAUCCCCGGACCACAUCACAUGGGUCCGCUGUAAAGUCCUCAUGUUCCUGAUCAGGCUCUACUUUGAGGUAGACCUGGAGUCAGUGGAGUUUGAGAGAGGAGCCAAGCAGGCUCUGGUUCAUGUGUCUGAGUUAAUGUCCACUGGCAGAUACCACCGGCUAAAGGGAGUCGUGUCAGAUGAGAUGAUGGAGUAUGUGGAGACCAAAUGCAAGGCUCUCACCAAAGCCCAGAGACAGCAGCUCACGGUCACAACAGAUGAUAUUAUAUUUCUGCUGCCGGAGGAUGUCUCUGUAACCUUUGAUACAUACGGACGAAAGUUCUGCUUCGUCGUCAUGAGGUUUUGGUUCCUGACGACACAAGAAGGACCUGAAGACCCAGAGGGAACGAAAAUCUUCAAAAUAUCAUCCAGUGAAGACGGCAGCCCACAGAAGAAAAUAGCAACUGCUGUGUAUGAAUUCCACCGUGAGCUGACACUGGGAGCUUCUCCUGAUUGGACCGUCACCACAGUCUGGCACUGGCACUGGAUUCAGGCUGAAACACCCAAAUGAAGCCGCCAAGGGGCAGUGAACGGAAGAAUAAAGUUAUCAGGACGCUACAAAAUUCAGCUCAAACACAUGACACUGAAGAACUGUGUGCAGACGAACACCUCAGUCUGCAGGAUGAACCAAGAAGAAAAAACUUUUACUCGAUGACGACCUCUGACCUCAGCCUUCAGACGUGUUCUGUUCUUCCAUUUGCAGAAACACUGUUCAAUUAAACUUUGUGUUUUAGUUUUUGCUUUAUGAACAGAGAUGACUGUAAAGCAGAGAAUCUCUGUACUGGGUUGUGAAACAUAACUUGUAUGAAUAAAUGUCUAUUGUUUUA